GUGAAAUACAACUUUCUUUCCUCCUCAUUUCUAUCAUCAAGCUCCUCUUCUUGCACUUGUUGAAGUUAAUGGGAAGACCCUUUACCUUCACAAAUGAGCCAUUCUCAUUGUUGUUUCUUUUUCUUCUUCCUGUUGUAACUCAAGGCGUUUUCGACUAUAGAGAUGCGGUAAUCAAGAGCUUACUCUAUUUCGAGGCUCAGCGUUCUGGUCACCUCCCUUAUAAUCAACGAGUCACUUGGCGUGGGCAUUCUGGGCUCACCGAUGGACUUGAUCAAGGAGUUGAUUUAGUGGGAGGAUAUUAUGAUGCAGGAGACCAUGUAAAAUUUGGGUUGCCAAUGGCGUUUACAAUAACUAUGUUGGCUUGGUCUACUAUUGAGUAUGCUGAUGAAAUAACAGAAUCAGGGGAGUUUGAGCAUGUACUUGAGGCUAUAAAAUGGGGGACUGAUUAUUUCAUCAAAGCUCAUACUCAUCCUAAUGUUUUCUGGGCUCAAGUUGGAGAUGGAUCGAGCGAUCAUUAUUGUUGGCAGAGGCCAGAAGAUAUGACGACGCCAAGAAGAGCGUAUAAGAUUGAUGCAGAGAAUCCAGGAUCAGAGGUUGUUGCUGAGACUGCGGCGGCAUUGGCUGCUGCUUCCAUUUUGUUCAGGAAAUCAAAUCCUCAUUACUCUCAUUUGCUGCUACAUCAUGCCCAGCAGUUGUUUGAGUUCGGAGAUAAAUACAGGGAGAAGUAUGACAAGAGUUUAGGAAUUGUUAAGGGUUACUACCCGUCGACUAGCGGCUAUGGCGACGAAUUAUUAUGGGCCGGGUUUUGGCUCUAUAAAGCUACACGGGCCGAGAAAUACUUGGACUAUGUCAUAAAAAAUGCUUAUACAUUAGGUGGAGCAGGAUGGAAGAUAUCAGAGUUCAGUUGGGAUAUCAAGUAUGCUGGCGUUCAAGUCCUUGCUGCUAAGCUUUUGGUGGAAGACAAAUCCGCAAGCGAGCACAAAGAAAUACUAAACCAAUACAAAUCAAAAGCCGAGUUCUACUUAUGCUCAUGCCUCAACCUCAACAUAAACAAUAGUAAUGUCCACUGGACGCCUAGUGGUCUCCUCUACAUUAGAAGAUGGAACAAUAUGCAGUACGUCGUUUCCGCAACUUUCCUGCUCACCGUCUACUCCGACUACUUACAAAAUUCAAACCAAACCCUCCAAUGCCCUAAAGGCUCUCUACAACCUCACCAACUUCUCUCAUUUGCUAAGUCUCAAGUAGACUACAUAUUAGGCUCCAACCCAAUGAACUUGAGUUAUCUUAUUGGAUUCGGGUCAAAGUAUCCAAAUAGAGUUCAUCAUAGAGCGGCGUCGACAGUGACUUAUAAGGAGCAUGGUGAGUUUAUUGGGUGCAGUCAAGGGUAUGAUUUGUGGUUCGGGCGACAAAAACCGAACCCGAAUGUGUUAACGGGUGCAAUUGUCGGGGGUCCGGAUUUGAAUGAUGAGUUCAGAGAUGUUAGGGGGAAUUUUAUGCAGACUGAGGCUUGUACUUAUAAUACUGCACCUAUGGUUGGCGUGUUUGCAAAAUUUUUUAGGUUGGAAGAGGAAAAUGGAGGAGCGAGGCUCAAAGAUUCUUCUAAGUAG